AUGGAAGUCAACAUCAAGAAAAGGUCGAGGGUCCCCGGAGUGAUGAUCACUCAGUUUGUGGAGGAAGUUCCUGCCGGCAUGAGCACCCCAGAUUUCACCAGGAAACCCAUCGCUCUGACCAUUCAAGAAGGAAAGCUGGGCAUUUUCAAAGCGGUUGUUACUGGAAUACCCGAACCGACGGUGACCUGGGUGAGGAACAGUGGGGAACUGGAUGAGGACAAUUAUAGAGUGGUCCGUGACGCCAGUUCUGGGGAGUACCAACUCCAGAUUCCAGAUAUAUCAGUGGAUCAUGCUGACACCUACAAGUGUUUCGCUACCAACGUGUAUGGAAAAGCCAUUGUCACUGCUGCUCUAAAUGUCAUUGAGGCUAUACGGGAAACACCUGAAGAUUUGAGAAAAGCCUUAAACAAGGUUGACAAUGAACCAAAAGCAGAAGUCAAACGAGUUGUCGAUGACAGAUUUUGGGAACUUUUGAUGAGUGCUGAUAAAAAUUGCUACGAAAACAUCUGCCGGGAGUACGGGGUUACGGAUUUCCGCUGGAUGCUGAAGAAACUGAACGAGAAGAAGCUGGAAAGGGAACAUGAGCAAGAAAAGGUUGUUGAGAGAUUGUGUAACCUGAAGCCCAUUGAGAUGAAAGCCAACGGUGAAGCAGAGUUUGAACUUGAAAUGUCACUCAGGGACGCUGCAAGCAGAAUCUUCUUGUUUAAGGACGGUGUAAUGGUUCCUUUUGACGACGAAACAGAGGACAAGCACGCCUUGAGGCAAGUGGGGAAGAGGUUUGUGUUUAGCAUCAAUGGCGUUAGCCCAGAAGACGCCGGAUUGUACCAAGUGGAGGUUGACGGAGUUAAGAUCUUCUCGACUGACUUGAAAGUUCCCAGUGUAGACUUUCUGGUGAAGAUUCAGGACGUCAAAGCAGAAGAAAGGGAAGAUGCCGUGUUUCAGUGUGUCGUUUCGCAACCCAUAAAAAAAAUGAACUGGAAGGGAAAGAAUAUUUCACUGGAGCAAGGAGACAAAUAUGAUAUCAUUGUGUCAGAGGAUAUGCUGAUUCAUACCCUGGUGGUGAAGGACUGCCUGGUAUUCGAUAAAGGAAUUUAUGCAGCUGAUAUUGGACUUAAAUCCUGCAGCGCCUGGCUCAUAGUGGAAGAGCUGUUGAAGAUCGCAGAGGAGCAACAGGCCAAGUUACAAAAGGAGAGAGGCGAGUUGAUUGCCAAGGCAAAGGCGGAGGCGGAAGCAGCCGCGGCAGCUGCAACUGAAAGAGCUGAGGCUAAAGCUGAAGCUACGGCCCAACAAAAGGCAAGCUCGAAAGCUGAAACAGAGGCUAAAGCCAAAACAAAGACCAAAGCCAAGAAAAAACUAAAGGAGAAAGCAAAGGUAAAGAAGGAGGCAAAAGUGGAAGAAGACGAGGAGAAGGAGGAGGAAGAAGAUGAGGAGGAGGAGGAGGAAGAAGAGGAAGAUGACGAGGAGGAGGAGGAAGAAGAGAAGGAGGAGGAGGAGGAGGAGGAAGAAGAGGAGGAAGACCCGGGGGUUUACUUCACCAGUGGUCUCUCAGACAUCAGUGCAAUUAUUGGUACUGAGGCGGAGCUGGUCUGCAGACUGAGCAGCGAAGACUGUGAAGGGGUCUGGUACAAAGAUGGAAGACAGGUGACAGCCACUGAAGAGAUGUGCUUUGUUAACGAUGGGACUUAUCGCAAGCUAGUGUUCAAAAACUGCAAGGAAGAGGACGCUGGGAAAUAUCGAUAUGAAGCUGAUGGCCGUAAAACAGAAGCAAUGCUGGUUGUAGAAGAUCCUCCAAGACUCAACCAGGAUGAUCUGGCCCACUUCAUCAAACCGGUUGUCGUAAAAACUGGUAAAGACGCAGCCUUCAAGCUGACCUUUGUGGGCCGCGAACCCUUGAAGAUCCAGUGGUACAACGAAGGCGAAGAGCUGCUGGAGGACCCCCACCUCAGAAUUGAAAAGUCUGGCUCGCACAGUCGCCUGCUGCUUCUGAAGUGCAACCGCAAGACCAGGGGAGAAAUAAAGAUGAAGAUUAAGAAUGAAUUUGGAACAGCAGAGGCAAUUACCCAGCUCAUUGUAUUAGCAUACCCUGGACCACCCACUGGCCUGAAAGUUAUAAGUGCUUUCAAAGACUGCAUCAACCUUGCAUGGUCUGCGCCUUCAAAUACCGGUCGAACCAACAUUUUGGGAUACAAUGUGGAGAAACGAAAGAACGGCAGCAAUCUUUGGGGCCUUGUCAACCCACCAGAGGAACCCAUUAAAGAGAAAAAGUAUGCUGUUAAAGACGUUGUUGAGGGCAUCGAGUACGAGUUCCGCGUUUCAGCUAUCAACAUUUCUGGUGUUGGCGAGCCAAGUGCACCUUCCGAGUUUGUUGUUGCACGAGAUCCAAAGAAGCCCCCGGGAAAAGUCACAGACUUGAAGGUGACCGAUUCGACAUACACCACCUUAUCUUUAAGCUGGACCAAACCUAAGGAAAAAGAAGGGGUCCAGGAUGAGGCCAAAGGGUAUUUUGUGGAGCUCAGGACAGUGGACAACCCAGAAUGGGGUCGCUGUAACUCCAGUGCAAUAAUCGUGAACUCUUUCACCAUCAUGGGCCUCAAGUCUAUGGCCAUGUACUGGGUGAGAGUUGUCGCCACCAACGAAGGUGGUGACAGUGAACCUCAAGAGUUGGACAACCACAUAAUUGCAAUGCCUCCCCCAGUGAGACCUCAUUUUACUGACAAAAAAAUUAAGAACUUUGUUGUUACAAGAACUGGGAACUCCGUAAGGCUCAACUACAACUUUAAGGGCUCUCCAAAACCGACCGUUACAUGGCUGAAGGACGGUCUUCCUGUUCCCAAGCAUGUGACAGUGAGCAAUUCAGACACAUCAUCACAGUUAAUGAUCGCUUCGUCCGAGCGUCAAGACACCGGAAUCUACACCCUUAUCUUGAAGAAUAUGGUUGGACAGGUGACCUCCAGUGUUGAGAUAAGAGUGACAGAUGACCCCAAGCCUCCAGGCCCGGUGGAGUUGGAAGAGAACGUGUCUGGCACCAUCACAAUCGCGUGGACGGCCUCUCCGGACGAGAAGAAAGAUGACAGGCUCCACUACACCAUCAGCAAGCGUGACUCUGUCAAGCGGACAUGGCAAACCGUCGCUGACCAUCUCUUCAACAACAAGUUCACUGCGGUCAACAUCAUGUCUGGAAGGCAGUACAAGUUCCGGGUCUACGCUAAGAACGACAUGGGCACUUCCCAGCCCUCGGAGUCGCCCACCUGGGAGGUGAAGAGAGAGAAAGAGUCAUUUUCUUUGAACCUUCCGGACUCCAAGGACUGCCGCUUUGAUGCACCACCCGCCUUCUCCGUCCCACUUAAAAUGCAUAACGCUCCUGAGAGCUACGAGUGCUACAUGAGCUGCGCUGUGACGGGAAACCCCAAACCUUACAUCACUUGGUACAGAAACAACGUCAGCCUCAACACCAAUGCCAACUACUACAUCACCAACACGUGCGGGGUGUGCUCCAUGGCCAUACUCAAGGUGGGGCCCAGGGACCGCGGGGACUACACGGUUGUUGCAGAGAACUCACUGGGAAGAGUGGAGUGUUCAACCAAACUCGUUGUCAAAGAGUCGGUGGCGGGCUCGUGAACAACCGACGACUCCUGCUGCUUUAAGAACGACGACAAACAAUAAAUUAAGUGACAAAGUUUUGCCGUGCUUUUUGCUCAUUGAAAUUAUUUUUAAUGAGUAAAUAAUUAC